AUGUUGAAAUCAUUUAUCGACAAGCGCCGUCAGUCGUACCAUCUUCCUCGUCCAACGAUAGGAGAGCUCAAAGCACAAAACGGAAGAAAAAAUAUCACAUCGCAUUCUGAGUUUGAGGAUGUUAUAGGGUUCAGCCGCGCGGUGGUCACUGGGUCGUGGAUCGAGGUAUCUGGAACCACUGGGGUUCACUAUGAUACCGGAUUCAUCGCACCAUCUGUAGUGGAGCAGACCGAGCAAGCAUUCAUCAACAUCGCCGCCGCGCUUGAACAGGCUGGAGCCACGCUGCGGGAUGUCGUCCGCGUGAGGUACAUCUUGCCAGACAAGAAAGAGUUCAGUCAGAUUUGGCCGACUCUGAGGGCGGUGUGGGGACAUGUUAGGCCGGCGGCGACGAUGAUUGAGGCGGGGUUAAUGAAUGAUGAGAUGAAGAUUGCUAUUGAAGUUACGGCGAGAAAGGCGAGGUCGACGCUCGAGGGCACGGUUUAG